UCCCUUCAAUAGGAGUUUUGAGAGAAAAUGGCCGGAGAACUUGGAACUGAUUCCGCCGACUAUAGAACGGAGCUUCUUUCUCCAGAAAGGGUUGGGACUGAGACGACCGAUCAGUCAUGGAGGCUCAACGUUGGGGAAUUUCGCUUGCCGGAAAAACCCAACAACCACUCUCAAUUUGGUUUUGGAAACUUUUUGGCUCUCAGAAAGAAAGGAAAGAAAGGAAAGAUUGCAAAAUAUUACGAGAGGCAGGAGGACCUUCUUAAAGGUUUCAAUGAGAUGGAAACAAUGACUGAAUCUGGCUCUUUGCCUGGAAGCCUCACAGAGAGUGAACUGAAGGAGCUUGCCAAGAGCGAGAAGAUGGCGAUAUAUGCAUCAAACAUAGCGAACUUGGUACUUUUCAUAGCGAAAGUGUAUGCAUCUGUGGAGAGCAGAUCCUUGGCAGUGAUUGCAUCGACAUUAGACUCUCUUUUGGAUCUCUUAUCAGGUUUCAUUCUAUGGUUCACUGAUCAUGCCAUGAGAAAACCCAAUCACUAUGGGUAUCCCAUCGGCAAGAAGCGGAUGCAACCAGUGGGAAUCAUUGUUUUUGCCUCAGUAAUGGCCACUCUUGGAUUUCAAAUAUUGUUUGAGUCUGUUCGGGAGCUUAUUACAAAGUCGCACACCAGUUUGGACCAUGAGAAGGAAAAAUGGAUGAUAGGGAUCAUGGUUUCCGUUACAAUAGUAAAAUUUUUGCUGAUGAUAUUUUGCCGAAGAUUUAAGAAUGAAAUUGUUCAAGCCUAUGCUCAAGAUCAUUUCUUUGAUGUCAUUACAAACUCGACGGGUCUAGUAGCAGCCGUCCUUGCUGCUCGUUACUAUUGGUGGAUUGAUCCAACUGGAGCUAUACUCAUAGCAUUAUACACUAUGGGUACAUGGGCAAAGACAGUAAGGGAGAAUGUCUGGUCAUUAAUCGGUCGAACAGCACCUCCAGAUUACUUGUCAAAGCUAACAUUUCUCAUAUGGAACCAUCAUGAAGAGAUCAAGCACAUUGACACUGUUAGGGCCUAUACGUUUGGUUCUCAUUACUUUGUAGAGGUAGACAUAGUUCUUCCAGCAGACAUGCCCCUUAGUGAAGCACAUAACAUAGGCGAGACAUUGCAAGUGAAGCUUGAGCAACUCCCAGAGAUCGAACGGGCUUUUGUGCAUAUAGAUUUCGAGUAUUCUCACAAGCCAGAACACAAUACUAAGGUAUGAUGAUUGACAUUGCUUACAGUGAUUCAUAGACAAGUGGAACACAAUUUGUAGCUAAGUAGAUUUCUUGAGAACCAAUAGGUUAUUACAAUAUCACAGGGUCUCUUACAUGAUUUGUAGUGUAGAUCUCCUUAGAUCUGUUUCUCUUAAUGGGAUGAGAUGGUUCUGUACUCACGUAUAUAAUGGUUUGUGGAGAUCUUGACUGCA